GUUCAAGGGGGCCGAAUACUUUUGCAAGCCACUGUAGUUGGAGCACCCCCUUAUGUCCACCUUGUUGAGGAUGAGAACUCCCACCCUGGCUUACCAAUCUAAAGGCUCUCAAUGAGAUCCUGUCGAGGUGUGUGAACCAAGACAGCCCUACAACAUCCAGAGCCUUCAGGAACUCAGGGCAAACCUCAUCCACCCCAGGGGCUCUGCCACCAACGAGUUGUAUAACUGCCUCUGUGUCCUCACCUACGGUGAGGGAUGACUUUGUCCCUGUUGUCCCCAGACUCUGGUUUCUGGAGGCAGCAGCCUAAGCAGAGAACCUCACACCUUGCUCUUUCUAGACAACUCCUCUAGCUUAUCCGGUGGAAUACCAAAGCAUUCCCAGGCCUCAUGCACUAGCUCAGGCUCCUUCCCCACCAGAGAGGUGAGAGUCCAUGUCCAAGUCACCAGUCUCUGUAGCAGGGAUCAGUCUGCCAGUGUCAACGUUCUUAGUACACACAUUGCACCCGACCUCUAUGGCGUCUUAAGAUGGGUUGCCUAAAGGAGGAUGGGCCUAUGUUCCUUCUUCAGGUUGCACCCGGCCAGGCCCCAUGGGCUACGGCAAGUCACCAGAUGCUCUCCCUCGGGUCACCUCCCAUGUCCUAGCUCCAAAAUGGUGCCCAGGUAACCGGAUGCCUGACAGGGUAAACUGUUCCCUUGGUCUGGUAAGGGUCUUAUAAGGGUCUUCUAAAUGGCUUAGUGUCUGGUCCCUCACUCAGGGCCAACUUGUAAUGGGACACACAACCAGGUGGCAAAAGCCCCCCAACAGCAUAGCACCUGGGAUCCCUGGAACACACAAGCCCCCCCCACCACAAUAAGGCAGCGAUUCACAGAGGGGCAGAUGAUAUUAAAAGGUGAUACUGGUUGAGCGCUGUGAGUAGAGAGUGCAUCUGCAGUUUUCUUGUUAUUGUGAGCAAUCAUCAGCUAACUGCUUUAAGAAAAAUAAGUAAAUGGUGGUGGUAUUUAACCAAUCAGGUGAUCUUAUUAAUGUUUCAAACCCUGUAACAGAAUGUAGUAAAACUGUGGUGACAAAAGUCUGUGUGUCACAAUUUUAAAGGUAAUUUACAAGUUUUAUCUUUGUUUUUCAGCACAUGAACUAAGGAUAAUGCUGUUUGGAAAAAGUGAGAACAAAAAAUCAUCCCUGGAAAAGAUCAUCAUUAGAAAGAAAGAGUUUAAUAUGCCUAAAGUUCUUGGAGGAAAGCAAUGUCGCGCUGCCUCUGGAGAGUGGAGAGGGAAACCGUUAACAGUAGUCAAAACCCCCGACAUCUUCAGUCUGUCUGUGAAAACUCUGUUCGAAGUGAUGAAGAGCUGUGUGAGUCUCUGUCCUCCUGGACCAAACGUUCUGCUGCUGUUAGUCAAACCUUCUGAUUUCACUGAAGAGGACAGAAAAACUCUGAAUUUGGUCCUGAGCUUGUUUGGUCAAGAUGCCCUUAAACACUCAAUGGUCAUUAUAACACAGAAAGAGGAGAAAGGCAACAACUCAGUGGAAAAACUCAUUGAAGACUGCAACCAAAGGCAGAACUGGUUUGAAAAAAAUUGUUCUGCUACAGAUUCUUCAGAGUUGAUGGAAGAAAUGAAUGAGAUAGUGAGUGAAAACUGGGGAAAAUAUCUAAUGUUAAAAGAAGAGGCUAAACCCAAUCUGAAGUCCAGUCUGAACCUGGUUCUGUGUGGGAGGAGAGGAGCAGUGAAGACGUCAGCAGCCAAGGCCAUUUUAGGUCAGACUGAGCUUCAUUCAGUCUCCAACUCAUCAGAGUGUGUUAAACAUCAGGGAGAGGUGUGUGGACGUUGGGUUUCCCUGGUGGAGCUGCCUGCCUUGUAUGGAAAACCUCAGGAGGCAGUGAUGGAGGAAUCAUUCAAGUGUAUCUCCCUCUGUGAUCCUGAGGGUGUCCAUGCCUUCAUCCUGGUCCUACCUGUGGAUUGUUUGAGAGACGAAGACAAGGGAGAGUUAGAGACCAUCCAGGAUGCAUUCGGCUCUCAAGUCAAUGACUUCACCGUGAUUCUGUUCACUGUGGACUCAGAUCCUACAGAUCCAGCUGUUGGUAACUUUUUAAAGGAAAAUAAGAACAUCCAGAAGCUCCUUCAGAGCUGUGGAGGAAGAUCAGUUGUUCUCAACAUCAAGAACAAACAGCAGAUCCCAGAGAUGUUUGAGAUUGUGGACAAAAUUAGUCAGCCUACAGGACAACUGUGCUGUUAUACAACUGCAACAUUUUUACACGCACAAAUGGCGAAAGUCUUAAAACUUGUCACUGGUGGUGAAGUUGGAGAACAGGACUCAGACUGUCUCAGGAUUGUGCUGAUUGGGAAGACCGGCUGUGGAAAGAGCUCUACAGGAAACACCAUUUUAGGAAGAGAUGAGUUUGAAGCUGCAUCAAGUCAAAUGUCGGUCACACAAUGCUGUCAGAAAGCAAAUAGUGAGGUGAGCGGUCGUCCUGUUGUUGUGGUCGACACUCCUGGUCUGUUUGACACAAGUUUGUCCAAUGAAGAAAUUCAAGAGGAGCUGGUGAAAUGUGUCAGUCUCCUGGCUCCAGGACCGCAUGUCUUCCUGCUGGUGGUAGAGAUCGGCAGAUUCACAGCAGAAGAGAAGGAGACACUGAAGCUCAUCAAGAAAUUCUUUGGGAAGAAUUCAGAAAAGUUCACCAUCGUUCUUUUAACCAGAGGAGAUGAACUGGAGCGUCAGGGAGAGUCUGUUGAUGAUUACAUCAAGAACAAAUGUCACAGUUCCUUUAAGAAGCUGAUCUCUGACUGUGGAGGAAGAUACCAUGUGUUCAAUAACUCUGAGAAACAAAACCGCACACAAGUCAGUGAGCUGAUAGCAAAGAUUGACACCAUGGUGAAGGACAAUGGAGGAAGCUUCUACACCAACGAGAUGCUGCAAGAGGCUGAAACUGCGAUAAGGAAGGAAAUGCUGAGGAUUUUAAAGAAGAAGGAAGAAGAGAUUCAGGAACAAAAGGCAGAAUUUGAAAGAAAACAUAAGGAAGAAAUGGAGGCUAUGAAGAAAAGAAUCGAUGAAGAAAGAGAAAGGGAGAGAAUACAGAGAGGAAAAGAACUCGAAAAAAUGAGAAAUAAAAUUAGAGAAGAAGAAGAGAAGAGAAAGCAGGAACAGGAAAUCAGGGAAAAGGAGAAAAGGGAAAAGGAAGCUGAAGAAGAAAGACGCCGACAAGAAUUUGAAAAAGAACUUGAAAAGCUGGACAAACAAAUUCAGUCAGAAAAAGAGGCAAAAGAAAAUGUGGACAGAAAACUGGAAGAAGCCAGAGAAGAGAUGAGAAGAAAACAAGAGGAGUGGGAGAAAGAACAGAAGGAAUGGUGGGAGAAACAACGACAAGACGAAGACAAAAGACGAGAGGAAGAGAAAGAAAAAAUGGAAAAACUACAGGAAGAUUAUAACGAAAAGCUGGAAUGUGAAAAAAUCAAUAAAGAAGACGAUCAAAGAAGAAGAGAAGAGGAAAUAAAAGGAUUGGAGGAAAUUCAUAAGAAAACUCUGGAUGAUCUAAAGAAGAAACAUGAACAGGAAGCCAGAAAGAAAGCUGAAGAGUUCAACCAAGCCCAGAAGAAACACGUGGAUGAUUUAGCAGCUCAGAAGGAAGAACAUAAGAAGGAAAUUUACGACUUAGUGAGACGUGUGACCAAAAAGACUGACUAUUCGAAUAGGAUCAAGAAUUUAAUGCAAAAACAUGAAAAAGAAAUGAGAUCUGUGACAAAUGAAGAGGGGAAAGAAAACCUCCAGGAAGAACACGAAGAACAACUAAAUAAGUUAAUGCAAGAAAUCUUGAAUGAAGAGAUCAAGGACGCGUCGACCUGCAGCAUUUUAUAAAGAGAAAUCCACUUUUACAGCUGUUCUUUAACUGUUAGAGGACAGAAACAAACAACAUGUGCAGACUUGUUGUUCUGCAUGUUUUACACAUGCUUGUUCAUCACGACCACAGAAAAAGCUGCUGAUUGGAUAUCAUCUCAAAUAGUUCAGUUCAGUUUUAUAUAUAUAUAUAUAUAUAGUCACCUCAAGGGGCUUUAUAUGGUAACGAACAGACGCUACAACAAUACGGAGAAACCCUACAAUCAGAUGAUCAAACACUUUGGUGACAGUGGGAAGGAAAAACUCCCUUUCACAGGAAGAAACUUCCAGCAGAACCAGGCUCAGGGAGGGGCGUGGCCAUCCGCCUACUAACUCCACUCAUAACCAAUAAUAAUCAUUUUGAUUUACACGUUAACCUGCACUAUGUAAGUAAAAUUACUCAUGUGGAUGAUUUUCUUUGGUUUGGUCAAAAUCACCAUUUGACCAAAAUGGUUUUUUUUCUUUUUUAAUAUUAGAUUGUUGUUUAAAGGAAUCUUGAUGUUCUUUCAUAUAUUGUUCUGUUGUCAAUAUUUGUGGUUUGAUUAUGAUUGUUUUUUGUUUUUGUUUUUUUUGCAUAAAUGUGUCAUUAAUAAUAAACACAAGAUGAAUAAAUAAACAAGUGAAAGAAAACUUAAUGAUUAUUUUUCUUUCACUUACGAUGAAUAAAUCAUGUUUUAAAUUUUGUUAUAAUUUAACCUGUUCUCUCCAAAUAUCACAGCAGUUAUUCAUUAUAAAAACACAUCUGCAUAUCAUUUACACCAGUUUUAUGGCAGAACUAAGAUCGUAUCCGUGUUUUCUUUAAUUAUUAAUGUAAACAGUUUUUCUCUGUAAUCAGCUCUGAUCGUUGUUAAAUGAUGAAGUCAAACAUCUUCAUUCAGCUCUGAAAUUAUGUGUUUUUAAAUUACUGAACUUGCAAAAUUACAUGAACUGCUCCACCUAUGCUGACAUAUUUGAUUUGCAUAAGUUUUUGUCUAUAAGGUAAAAUGUGUAUAACCUGUAUUAUGGUAAUUAGUGAUUGUAAUGUGCACAACAAAGUCCUGAUAAAGAAACUGUUGCCAAUAAAAACAAAGGUUGGAAUUUUAAGCAAAGUUUGAACUUGUUUCUUGAGUCAUACUGUGGCAGCAUGAGUGGGUUUGUGUUUUUGGUGCCUUUUCAUUCUCAGCAUCGUUGCAGGUAAAUGCAGGAUCCCUGAGUGGUCAAAAAACAUUUGGUUUUUUUCUUAAUCUGAUUUAAGUCUGGACUCAGCCACUCAAAAACUUUUUUUAAGGAGAAUUUGCUGGUUUUGGAUCAUCGUCCUGCUGGAUUACCCAAGUGCUCUUUAGCUGCAGAGCAGGAAGUGAUGGUCGAAGCUCCUUCAGGUUUUUCUGGUGGAGACAUUCAGGAGCAGAAUUCAGCAGCAGCCCAGCCCAUCACACUACCAUCACCAUGUCUGACUGUUGUUGUGAGCUUUUUAUGAACUGCUGUUAGUUUGAUCCAGAUGUAACGAGAAUCACAGUUCAGCUUUUGUCUCAUCAGCCCACAGAAAGUUUUCCCAGACGUCUCGGGGAUCAUCCAGAUGUUUUUUGGCCAAUGAGCAAUGAAAGGAGACACAAGUCCUUUUAAAGACCAACAGCUGAGUGUGAGAGCUGGACUCAAAAAUAUCCCAUUGGUUACUUUCUUACCUAUUUUUAAUCAGCUUUAAUGAAUAAAAACAUAAAAAUGUUUUUGGAUUUCGGCAUCAUUGCUCAUGUACCAGUUAAAUAGUAGUUAAUUAACCUGCAUCAUAUGCAUCAUCUAACACUGUGCAUUUUCUUCACAAGCAUCUAUAGAAUUAUUCAAAUGAGCACAAAAAACAAUCUGAACUAAAUGUUGAUGCAGAUUCAGUUCCUGCUGAUGCUGCAGAUUUUCAGUAUGUCAGAAAAUGCAAUAUAAUCACAACAGUUAUAUUCUCUCCUCGUCCACCGUCAGCCAGACACGCCUCUGCUUCACUCUGCCUCUGAUGGACGUCUCUCACUGUGGGGACAAACAUGUGACGCUGAUCUGUCUGAAUGGAUCUGCUGCAAACUCAGAGCUGAGGC